AUGGUGGUGGAGGUGGAGGUGGGUCGGGUGGUGGAUUGGGUUCGGGUUCCGGCUAUGGUGAAGGUGGGGGAUUUGGUGAGGGAGGCGGACAUGGUGGAGCGGGCGGCGGUGGUCAUGGCGGUGGAGGUGGUGGCGGCGGAGGGAUAUGGCUCUGGGUCUGGUGGAGGUGGAGCAGAAGGAGGAGGUUAUGGGAGUGGCGGAGGUGGUGGUGGUGGUGGCGGUUUAGGCGGUGGACAUGGAAGUGGGAGCGGAUUCGGAUCUGGCUAUGGUUCUGGAUCAGGUUCUGAUGCAGGUGGGGCCCAUGGUGGUGGCUAUGGAAGUGGUGGUGGUGGCGGUGGCGGCUCCGGUGGUGGAGGUGGAGAAGGCUCAGGUUCCGGAUCUGGUUAUGGUUCUGGUAGUGGAUCCGGAUAUGGGGGUGGUGUUGGAGGUCUCAACUAA